UCCCCAGCCAGCCGAGUGGGAGUGUCGCGCUUCCGCUGGUGCCGAGAACCUGAGCUGUGAGCCGUGGGUUCUUCCUCGACCCAGAGAACGGGCCGACGUAAGCGGAACAAUUAAAAAAUGACCACACCAAACAAGACUCCUCCUGGAGCUGAUCCUAAGCAGUUGGAAAGGACUGGAACAGUAAGGGAAAUUGGGUCACAAGCUGUUUGGUCACUCUCAUCUUGCAAACCAGGUUUUGGAGUGGAUCAAUUACGAGACGACAAUCUAGAAACGUACUGGCAAUCUGAUGGCUCCCAGCCACAUUUAGUGAACAUCCAAUUCAGAAGAAAAACAACAGUGAAGACGUUAUGUAUUUAUGCAGACUAUAAAUCUGAUGAAAGCUACACUCCAAGCAAAAUCUCAGUCAGAGUAGGAAAUAAUUUUCACAACCUUCAAGAAAUUCGGCAACUUGAAUUGGUGGAACCAAGUGGCUGGAUUCAUGUUCCCCUAACUGACAAUCUUAAGAAGCCAACUCGAACAUUCAUGAUACAGAUUGCUGUCCUAGCCAAUCACCAAAAUGGAAGAGACACCCACAUGAGACAGAUUAAAAUAUACACACCAGUGGAAGAAAGUUCAAUUGGUAAAUUUCCUAGGUGCACAACUAUUGAUUUCAUGAUGUAUCGUUCAAUAAGGUGACUGUGAAAAAGAAGAAAUGAGAGUAAGCAGGUCUUUGUUUUAUCCUUACUUUACAUAUCGUAUCAAAUAACUUUGUGGGAAAAAGGUAUCAGUUAUUUUGUAGUUUUGUAUACAUUUAAGAGUAUUUGAAUUUGAAUAAAUAACUUUUGUAUGAA